AGAGGGAAGACAUGAUAAAAAGUGUGUGUUUCAACAUUAUCAAGUCAGUAGGGCUGGCACCAUUGGAGAGGGGCGGUAAAGAUCUCACCAUAGGGGUGAAAACUAGAAAGGCAGGUAGCUACACGUCUACGAGUCCUACACCUGUCUCCAUUGGGUUUGACACUUCCUGGAUAGAGUGCACGCCUCAGUGACUGUGCGACUGUCAGUGGAGAAAGUGAAAGAGAGGGAGGGAGAGAGAGAGAGAGAGAGUUUGCCAGGGGGAAGCUUCUUGCCAAACAAACAGCUGAGAUGUAGUAGGUGACUCGUGGAGGAGGAAGUCAACUGGCUUUAGCACAUGGAUAAGAAAAGAAGGAUCGUUAACUGUCAAAGCUGUAGCCACACUUUAAGUUCUACUUCCUGUUACUGUGUUGUUCUGCAUGACUGCUUGACAAAGCUGUGCUAAAAUAAACUGCACUCUGUGGAACUCAUUCACCCCACAAAACCUUGAAUGGUUACUCAUCUAAAGGGUCUCUGGUUCCUCUUACAUAUUUGCCUUUUCCCUCUCUGAUGGGCUUCAUAGAAGGUUCUCCACUGUUCUUAUCUUUUUAUUACUUUUCAUUUUGCCUAUCAACUCUUUUUGUUUGCUAUGAAGACCUCGAUGGACUGGCUUCUUGUGACUGUGGAGUCUAAAGUUGUGAGAAGUGAAGCCAAGCCAGACAUCCGAGAUGGAGCAGUCAGAUUGGCACUCGGACGGAGAGAUUGAGGGGCUAUCCCGACCCCUGGAGGUUCUACUGGAUGGUGAGGACACCGGAGAUACAGAUUCAGCUUCUUCGUCUUGUUCUGACCUGUCCAUCUCAACCCCUGCCGCCCAACCGUGUCCCAACAGCAGCAAGAGCUUCUCUGGGCUGCGAAUCUUUGGUAGAAGGAAAGCCAUUGCCAAGGCUGGUGUGCCAGAUAAUGCUACCCAGUCUUGUGCCACAAUACCCGCCAAAAGUGAACCAAGCAAAGAGAUCUGCAGCACCGUCGAUUGGACUGAAAAUGCCCAGUUUGGUCAACAUGUGUGGUUUGAGACCAGUCCAUCUGGAGAUUUCUGUUAUGUUGGAGAGACGUAUUGCUUUGCAAAGUCGCUGCAAAAGUCCCUUCCUCGCCACAAAUGUGCAUCCUGCAAAAUAGCUGUUCAUACUGUAUGUAUGGAUCAACUUGAGAAGAUUAACUUCAGGUGUAAGCCAUCGUUUAAGGAUCCAGGGAUGAGAAACGUCAGAGAGACCCCAAACAUGAGACAUCACUGGGUCCACAGGAGACGGCAAGAUGGAAAAUGCAGGCAGUGUGGAAAGGGUUUCCAGCAGAAAUUCUCUUUCCAUAGUAAAGAUAUUGUGGCCAUCAGCUGCUCAUGGUGCAAGCAGGCAUACCACAACAAAGUAAACUGCUUCAUGCUGCAGAAAAUCGAUGAAACCUGUUCUCUUGGAGCUCAUGCGGCUGUGAUCAUUCCUCCAACCUGGAUCAUUAGAGUCUGCAGACAGCAGGGAUCAUUAAAGAACAGUAAAAGAAAGAAGAAAGCGUCACUUAAAGCCAAGCCCAGCAAAAAAGUCGUGGAGCAGGAUGGAAAAUGGAAACACUUCGUUGUGAGACAGAUUCCGUCCCAGCUCAUGAAGCCACUGCUGGUGUUUGUCAAUCCAAAGAGUGGUGGAAACCAGGGAACGAAAAUCAUCCGGUCUUUCAUGUGGUACCUGAACCCUCGGCAAGUGUUUGAUCUCACUCAGGGGGGCCCGAGAGAGGGGUUGGAAAUGUACCGCAAAGUGCCCAACCUGCGGAUCCUGGUUUGUGGAGGAGAUGGAACGGUUGGCUGGAUUCUUUCUGUGCUUGACGAGCUCCAGUUAAACCCUCAGCCUGCUGUGGCCGUACUGCCGCUCGGGACAGGAAAUGACCUGGCAAGAACGCUCAACUGGGGCGGGGGCUACACUGAUGAGCCGGUGACUAAGAUCUUGUCCCAUGUAGAAGACGGCAACAUCGUCCAACUGGACCGAUGGAACCUGAGUGUGGAGCCCAACCUAGAGGCCAGUGAAGAGGAGAGGGAUGAGCACCAGACAGACAAGCUUCCCAUUGACGUCUUCAACAAUUACUUCAGCCUUGGAUUUGACGCACAUGUGACCUUGGAGUUUCACGAAUCCAGAGAAGCCAAACCUGAAAAGUUCAACAGCCGACUUCGCAAUAAGAUGUUUUAUGCAGGAACUGCUUUCUCAGACUUCAUCAUGGGCAGCUCCAAAGAUCUGUCCAAACACAUCAAGGUGGUGUGUGAUGGUACUGAUCUGACCAGUAAAGUCCAAGAACUGAAACUGCAGUGCCUCCUUUUCCUCAACAUUCCCAGAUAUUGCGCUGGUACGAUGCCAUGGGGGAACCCGAGUGAACACAAUGACUUUGGCCCACAGAAACAUGACGAUGGGCUCAUUGAGGUCAUCGGAUUCACCAUGACCUCCCUGGCAACCCUGCAGGUUGGAGGGCAUGGUGAGAGGCUUAAUCAGUGUCAGGAGGUGAUUCUUACCACUUUUAAGCCCAUACCAGUGCAAGUGGAUGGAGAACCAUGUAGACUGGCUCCAUCUGUCAUCCACAUCACCCUCAGGAACCAGGCCAACAUGCUGCAAAAGACGAAGAGAAGAAUCUCUCUACCACAGCUCAACGAUCAGCAGCCCAUCACAGAGAAAAUUCAGAUCCAGGUGAACCGCAUCAGCAUGUGUGAUUAUGAAGCACUGCAUUAUGAUAAGGAGCAGCUCAGGGAGGCCUCAAUUCCUAUAGGGGUAAUUACAGUUCCUGGGAACAGUGAUUUGGAGAUGUGUCGGCUCCAUAUUGAGAAGCUACAUGAGGAGGGGGAUGGUGUGAAUACAGAUACACUAAACAUGCCAAAGCUUUCACCGAAAUGGUGCUUCCUGGACUCUACAACUGCGGACCGUUUCUACAGAAUAGACCGCGGUCAGGAGCAUCUUAACUAUGUGACAGAGAUCUCCCAGGAUGAGCUUUUCAUCCUGGACCCGGAGCUGGUCACCAAGGAGACGGUGGGCACGUCGCCCGGAAUGCCGGGAGCGAUGGAAACCAUAGGGGGAUGUUCCAAAACCACACACCAGUUUGCUUUUCCUGCCUGUUCUCCUGGGCCUUCUCCACUGUGCAGGAGGGGAGCAAAAAUUAUGAAUAUAAAUCGUUCAAACACACCUGAAGGAGACUCAAGGUUAGAUAUCUGGAAUGAUGCAGAUCAAGAAUCAAUAAACAUGAUCUUUGAGGCUGUGAAGUCUGACAACUUUGAAAAGCUAGUACAGAUGCAUGAAAACGGAACAAAUUUGUUGGUGCAGGACCGGUUCGGCUGCACCCUCCUGCAUUACGCUGUCGAUGUCAGCAACAAAGAGAUUGUCAAGUAUAUCAUUGAUAAUGCUCCUGCCUGCAUCCUGGAUGUGACAGUGAAAUCGACAGGGGAGACGGCUUUGCAUAAGGCCGCUGCAUCACGCCAGAGAACGAUCUGCUAUUACCUGAUGGAGGCAGGUGCAUCUCUCAUGAAGACAGACCUACAGGGUGAAACUCCAAAGAUGUAUGCGGAGAAAGCUCAGGACUUUGAACUGGCUGAGUACUUAGAAAACCGGCAGCACCACCAGAUGAUCCAGAGAGAUGACCAUGAGACCGCUGUUUGACCAGCCUCCAAAACUGUCGUUCUCAACAACCACUAAAACCACUGGGGCAUAACUCGCCUGUCCCAGGUCCAGUUUAUCUCGCACAGCAAUGUUGUGAGGCAGCAUGUCUACAGAAAUUAGUUUGUUUGCUCUAUCGAUUGUUUUGCCAAAAAGACAGUGUUUGUGUCAUGUUUCAGAAUGCAUGAGUUUGCUGCGUCUUGUCCAGCUAUCAGGACGGCACAAACAGGCAUCGCUUUGCUCCUUAGAACACAAUGUGCAAAAUUUUGGGGAUUUCAGGGCUGAAAUAACCAUGAAUUAAAGUGGCUUUUAUAUAACUACUAUAAGGCAAAGCAGAUAAACCUCAAGGGAGUUAUAAAAAUGUUAGAAGAGAGGUUUUAAUUUUGAAAGAAACUACUGCUGCUUUUGACUACAUCACUCAAUAUUGUAUAAAAUUGUUUGGAUUUAAAAACUCUGUUACUCAUUGCGUAUCUAAAGUUUUUGCAGAUAUGUGUAAACUUAAUAGUUACGUGAACGACUGAACUUCACAAGUUACUCUUGCAAGUUACUGAACUUCUGCAAAUAUCUGCACUGCAAAAAAAAACCAAAAAAAAAAAAACCUCUUAAUCAGCAUUUUUUUUUUUUUUUCAUCUUGGUUUCCAGUAAAAAUGUCUGAACACCCUUUUAAAAACCAGACAAAUUUACCUGAGAAGCAAAGACUUGUUUUCAGGGACUAUAUCUCGAAUAAAGGAAUAUUCCGGGUUCAAUACAAGUUAAGCUCAAUUAACAGCAUUUGUGGCAUAAUGUUUCGACACUUCUCUACAUUAUUUUUUUUUUUAAAUAAGAAAAAAAAAAAAAAAGAAAAAAUCCUGUUAAGGCACUUACAAUGGAAGUGAAUAGAGCCAGUCCAUAAACACUAAAAUAAACAUAGUUUUAAAGAAGUAUAGUCAUAUGAUAUAAACACUAUAUAAAGUAUAGUGAUUUUAGUGUGAUAAAAUCGCCUACUAACCUUAUAUGUUUAACAUUAUUAACUUGUCUUGAACCUGGAAUAUUCCUUUUUUAAGUUUUAUUUUAUUUUUUUUACCCCAUUGACAAGUUGUUUUACCUUGUUUUAAGCAUAAACGUCACUAAAUUAUUAUAUUUAUGCUUAAAACCAGAAAGAACAAUUUGACAAUGGGGUAAGACAUUUUUUUUAUUCAAGGUAUAUUCUCUGAAAAAUGAAUUAAUAUAAGUUCAAUAUAAGUUAAGCUCAGUCGACAGCAUUUGUGGCAUAAUGUUGAUAACCACAAAAAUUUACUUUGACUCGUCCCUCCUUUUUUUUUUUAAAAAAAGCAAAAAACUGGGUAACAGUGAGACACUUACAAUGGAAGUGAAUGGGGCCAAUCGGUAAAUGUUAAAAACUCACUUUUUAUAGCCACAAGACAUAAACAAAAUGCGCAUUAACAUGAUUUUAGUGGGAUAAAAUCGCUCACUUGCCUUUUCUGUGUAAAGUCAUUGCCAGUUUUACAACUUCGUUGCCAUAACGGCGUGAUGUCAACAAACCCUAAAUUUACUGUAAAAAUGACAAAUUAAACAACUUUACAGAUCAAAUAAUACACGAGUAUUAACAGAAGAAUUAAUGUAAGUGCUUUUAUAAAAUUAGAAGCUUCACAUUUCUGAGUUUAAACCCUCCAAAAUUUGGCCCCAUUGACUUCCAUUGUAAGUGUCUCACUGUAACUCUGAUUUGUGCUUUUUUAAAGAAAAUGACAGAUGAGUUGAAAUUAUUUUUUGUGGUAAUCAACAUUAUGCCACAAAUGCUGUUGAUUGAGCUUAACUUGUAUUGAAUGUAGAAUAUUCCUUUAAGUUAUCUUGUUUUAAGGAUGUUAAAAAAAAUGUACUGAAAACCUAUACAGAAAUACUGAUUAAGAAAAUUGAUUUUUGCGGUGUACAGCUAGGCUUCCACUCUCAAAUGUUUUUUUCCAGUUUGAGAUAGACAUUGUUUUCAUAACCUCCUGUGUUUAAGAAUGCUUCCUCAGCUGUUGUUACGGGCCUUUUCUCUCUUUGUGGUAAACGCUUGAAUUUCCUGAAGUAUUCCAUUAAUUACUACUUAAGAAUCACUGUUAGAAAGCAUUAAGUCACAUGUACCAUAUCUUAUAAAUCAUAAUUAUUUGUUAGUCGAUAAUUUGCCUCAUAUUACUUGGCAAAGAAAGCUUGCACUGACCACUAAUCUUUUGAAUUAGCAAUACAGUAUGAUCUGUUAAUUUUUAUUUCAGGUUAACUUUAACGUCAACGCAAGAGCCUUGGUCUUGUUAGUUUUGAUUUCUGGCCAAAUUGACUGUGUUAAGUACACAGAAAGUUCUUGAAUUAUGCUGCCAGGACCGUUUAAGCUUUAAAGGCAUAAUCCUGAACUGAUAAAUCACAUUAUCAGUGACGAAUGGCCAUUUGCAAAGACCAAACAGGAGAGAACCGAAGGAUACAGUAUGUUGCUGUCUUGGGUUUUGCAUUGGGGUUUUUUUUUUUUCAACUCUGACAGAGUUAUCAAUAUAUUUAUGCCAUCAUCUUCAACUACUUUAUGUACAUGAAAAUUUACUAAAUGCUUGAUUAAUAAGAGGUAGGAAAGCUGGUCUUUUUACAAAGCAGCCAUUGGACAACACUGUGUUGUCAGCAUUGCCAUAUGUGUGUUUGUGGUGAGCUGUCAUUGAAAAUAGAAUAAAGUGUCAAUUUUGUCAGUGCUUUGUAUGAGUUGCUAUGCAAUUCCAAAUAGACAAGACGUGUAUAUAAUCUGUCGAACAUUUAAAAAAUGUGCGAACAAUCUGUUCCGAUAUACAGGUCUUGCAUUUGUAUGUGAUAUGAACUUAGAUCAAGUUAAUGCUUUAUAAGACUAGGUAAGAGUUUUGUUAGAUAUUCAAGAGGAAUAGUCAUAUAUUUGGGGCUGGUUUGUUACUGUCUACUUGGAAAAAAAAGAAAAAAGAAAAAAAAUGAAAUAAAGUCCUUCAAAAAAACAAA